AACUAAGAGGUCCAUGCAGCUAUAUAUUCCUGCAGAAAAACAUCAGAGCUUUCUUGUAAAUAUAUGCGUUUUAAAUCAUUUAGUCUUAUUGUUUAGUUUCAGUUCACUAUAUUGCUGUAGUUUUACUCUGAACACCUUUUCCUUUGUUUCAAAAGUCACUCACGGCACAUGUCCCCUCUCCCCCAUAAAUCAUGUGAACACAGGAAACAUAAACCUCCUCCUCUGGGACCUGCUUGCUUCUGUUUAAAGACCACAUGUUGCCCCUUUUCAUCCUUGCUAUGCCCUUUUUUUGGGUGGCAGACAGGAUCUCUGGUUGCUAAGAUCUUGAUUGAAUUCAAUUGGCUCAAGAAACAGGGACGCAUAUGUCUCUGUCUGACAAAUAUUAGCCAUAAAGAAUCAAAACCAAAGUAUUUCACAAGAGCCCAUCAGUGUAUUUAACAGACACAAGUAUGGGAGCGUAUUCUUAAGAGUCUCACCUUGUGUAAAUAAAGUCACAAAAGUUAGAACACUUCUAGUUGUGCUUACAUCUGGUGGCCUGAACUUUUCCAGUGCAAAUGCGGGGGGAAAACUCAGCUGCCCCCCCCCCAACAGCCUUUCCAAAGUUUAACAAGAACAGUGUGUCUGGAAAUGGCCCAGUCUCUCUUUCUAGGGCAGAGUAAGAGAAGGAGGAGGGGAAAAAAGAAGUUUUUCCCCCACACCAAUCCAAGUGUUCUUCAUCAUGCAGCCUGUAACAACAGAACAUCCAGCUGGAGAAGAGGAAUGAGCUGAAGCUUUUUUCUCUCUCUGGUCUUCUGUAGGUUUUUUAAGUGAGGCAUGCUUUAGAACCUCAGCUCUUGGAGAACGCAUUUAGGCAUAGAAUGGAGCACUCAUCUAUCUGCCUCCUCAUUGGCUUGUCCAUCAUCCUGCUAAACGGAAGCAUCACUGAAUCCACCCCUGUCAUUUUCAAUGACUCUUUGGAAAGCAGUGGGCAAUGGGAAUCUGGGAGCACAGAGCUGCUCCCCACACCCAGCAUUUCCUCUUACCUAAAUAUGUCUGUUCUGUCCACCUCCCUCGAUGGAGAAAAACAAAACAAGCCUUUUAUAAAUCAAGUGGUGGACUUCUUUCAAGAGAACCUACUUCUCGUUGUUGUCAUUACCACAUUGCUUCUUCUCGUUUUUACCAUCAUCUGCUCAGCUGCGAUCCUAAGCCGCAGACGUAAAGUCAGUGCGUACUACCCUUCCGCUUUCCCUUCCAAGAUGUACGUCGAUGAGAGAGACAAGACCGGAGGAGCUCGCUUCUUCAAUGAAGUUCCAGAGAACGUCAACACCAGCCCUAGUGAGGAGCCACUGAAUACAGCCAAGAAGCUUCAGGAGGACAUCAUGUUGGCUACCAAGAACUUACGGACUCCGGUUAAGACACCAUGGAGAGAGAAGAAUAAAACGGUGGAGAAUCAAAAAUCUACAGAUGAUGUGGGAAGUUGUGACAUGAGUCAGAAGGAGAGUUCUGGCUUGCUAGAGGACAAGCCUACGUGUCAGUCUGUUGUUGAGGAUUCUUUGGAAAACAGCAACCCCAGUAAGUCCCAGGACAGUGUUAAUGUUUCUGACAUGGAAAAGAGUGACCCGUCUGAUUCCGGGCCCCCUGAAGAGAGCAAACAUUCAUCUGAGCCUGACAUCCGAGAGGACAUGAACAAACAGGAUGUUGUUAAUUCAGGCACAUCAGUUAUCAGUGAAGAGAAAACAGCAUUUUAGUGUGACGUUUUAAAAGGUUUAAGGGAACAUUUAGACAUAAACACAAAGAAAGUUUGUUUCUUGGAUACGUCGUAAGACUUGAAACUCUCACAGUUGCAUUCCUAAAGAAAAUUUCUGUUGUAUUGAAGGCAUCUUAUUUGAAGGAAAUGUUUGUUAAAAUUAUGACUUCACUAUGACGACAUAUACUGUAAAUGUCAAAAACUAUUUUAAAUAGCUAUUUUUAUUCAUUUGCUUUUGUGUAAGGGAUAAUUGCUGUAUAAACGGAUGCCUGUAAGGCAAGACUGUAAAAUUGCAUUUUGAGUAUUUUAUGCUAUUUUUAUAUUACACUUCAUUUUAUUUUAUAUUUUGAUAUCUGAGUGCUGUUUUUUGGUGAAUAAAAGUUUCCAUCCAGUGAAAAGUGUAUUCACAAACCAGAUUUAAUCUAGACAAUUACAGCCAAUGAUAUUUUCUGUCUGCUUAAAUCUGACACUUGACUUUGAAGUGUGGCGCAAGCACAUAUCCAAAAAAUAAAGAAAGCAAACUUGCUACUCCUAUUAAGGAUAUGUGUCCUGGUGUAUGAAUGCUUCUGCAUGAGUCAGGUUAUUGUUUACAUAUUCUGGCUCUAAAUAUUUCCUUUCAAGGUCCAGAAACAUAAUUCAGCUUCAGCGUUUCAAGGCCACCAAGUGUUAAGCCACCUUUCAAAUCGUUUAGUCUGAGGUCAGCUAGUCUCAACAUAGAUUUUGGUGUUGGGGAUACUUUGCUGUAUUCUUAAUAUUCUAAACAUAGCCUAUAAUGAAAAUUAUGUACAUUGCAAAUAUGUGGACGGUAAUAACAUAUGUAUGACAUUUGGACAGAUUUGAAUCUGAAACAUUUAGACAGUAUAAGUUACUAUUGAAGGUAAAGUUCACCCAAAACUAAAAAUUCUGUCAUUAUUUAUCAGUCGAAACCUCUAUAUGAUUCAUUUUUGAAACACAAAGGAAGACAUUGAGAAAUGUCUCAAAACAAAACAGUGCUAAAUACGUUUCUAAAAGUGCUUACUUCCCUUCUCUCAUAAGUGUGCAGUAUUAAUCAAUGCUCAAUCACAUGCCUGAGGUGUGCAUAUGCUUUAUUUUUGUAAAUAUGGAAGGUUUAAGAAGCAUUAACUAAUAGCCAAACAUAUAAUCAGCAUCUGAACCACAUUUUCCUUUCCUUAAUACACAACAUUACAGGUUUGUGUGAAUCUAAAUAGCAAGUGUUAAACACUUUCCCUCAUCAUCACAUCUGCAAACUUACCUAUAAAAACUUCAAUGCAAAUACAGACUUUAGCAGACGUUUAGUAAGUGAUUUUAAAGGGAUAGUUCACCCAAAAAUGAAAAUUCCGUCAU